AUGGGAAACUUCCAAAGGUUAGGGCAUUUCUCUCUUUUUAUCUUUGCAAUUUUAUUAAUAUCUUCAUGUGGAGCUAUAGCUGAGUCAUACUCUUAUUCUUCUCCACCGCCAUCUUAUACCUAUUCGUCUCCACCCCCACCGUACUCUUAUUCUUCUCCGCCUCCUCCAACGUCAUACUCUUAUUCUUCUCCGCCACCACCAUACUCCUAUUCGUCGCCACCCCCGCCACCAUCUUACGUCUAUUCUUCUCCUCCCCCGCCACCAUCAUACUCUUAUUCUUCUCCUCCUCCGCCUUCAUAUUCUUAUUCUUCUCAUCAUUAUUAUACUCACCCUCACAAACAUGUAAAACCUUAUUUUCAUUCACAUCCUAAGAAAUAUAACUCAUAUACCUACAAAUCACCACCAUCUUACUAUCAAAGUCAUAAGAAAAAUGUUCAUUCUUACAAAACUAAAGAGAAUAAGUACACUCCUUAUGCAUACUCUUCCCCACCACCACCACCUCCAUACAAAGCUCAAGAGAAGAAAUACACUCCCUACACAUACUCAUCCCCACCACCACCAGUAUACAAAGAUCAAGAAAAGAAGUAUAGUCCUUACACAUACUCGUCACCACCACCACCAUACAAAGCUCAAGAGAAGAAAUAUACUCCUUACACAUACUCGUCUCCACCACCACCAUCAUACAAAACUCAAGAGAAGAAGUAUACUCCGUAUUCAUACUCGUCACCACCACCACCACCAUACAAAACUAAGGAGAAGAACACCCCUUACACAUAUUCAUCCCCGCCUCCACCAACAUACAAAACUCAAGAAAAAAAGUAUACUCCUUACACAUAUUCAUCCCCGCCGCCACCACCAAAAGAAAAGAAGUACACUCCUUACACAUACUCAUCCCCGCCACCACCAUACAAAGCUCAAGAAAAGAAGUACACUCCUUACACUUACUCGUCUCCCCCGCCACCAGCCUACUACUAA